AUGUCGGCUUUGAGGAACACAGUUCUUCUGUCAGUGUUUCUGCUUCUGUUGGUGUCUGCGUCUGCCUUCGUGGAGGAAUUGGAUGACAGCUUCAUGGAGACGAGAGGGGCCGACGACAUCUGGCUCAUCAAAUUUUACGCCCCCUGGUGUACAUUCUGUAAACAGCUGGAUCCUGUUUGGCAUCAGAUUGGAUCAGAACUCAAGAGUCUGGGGUCUCCGGUCAAUGUUGGCAAAUCAGAUGCCACCGUCAGCACCGGUUUGGCGAAAGAGUUCAGGGUCAGAGGUUAUCCAGCCAUCAUCAUGUUGAAGAAAGAUGUGAAAUAUAAUUAUUCAGGACCAAGAACCAGAGAGGGAAUCAUGGACUUCGCUAAUCGAGUUGGAGGGCCGUUGGUUCGAUCCCUGAGCAGUUUGCAGCUCUUCCAACACGCCAUGAACCACCACGAUGUCAUGUUUGUUUAUGUUGGAGCGACAUCACAGCUGAAGGGAAAAUAUAUAUCAGCUGCAGAGGAGCUGAUUGUUCACACCUACUUCUUCUCCACUUCCAGAGAUGUCUUACCAAAGGCCGUGUCCCUCCCAUCUCUACCAGCUGUGAUGGUUUUUAAAGAUGGAACAUACUUCACCUUCAACGAGGAGCUUGACGGGGACCUGAAGUCGUGGAUCAACAGAGAACGUUUCCCGAACUACUUGAAGAUUGACGGCUACACUCUGUACGCCAUGGGAGAGUCAGGGAAACUGGUGGUGCUGGCGCUGGUGGAGGAGAAGGGUCUGAGUGAGGAAAGUCUCAGGUUUAAGAGUCUGGUGGAGAAAGUGGCUGCAGACUACAGAGAGAUCUACAGCAGAAACUUCCUCUUUGGUUUCAUGGAGGGGAGUGGCUACAUUAAUGGACUUGUAAUGGGUGAGGUGACCGUGCCUUCCUUCAUUGUGGUUAAUCUGUCCAAUGAUGGCUACUUCCUGCCACCGGGUGCCAUGGAGACAGAGCGCCACCUGCUGGACUUUCUGAAUGGAGUUCUGGAUGGUAGUAUCCAGUGUCAGGGAGGAAACGGUGUCGGUCAGCGCCUCAAGCGCUUCGUUUACGACGCCAAACUCACACUGCUGCCGGUGUUCCACCGAGCUCCGCUGCUUGGCUGCUUCCUGGUUGGCUUCCCGCUCACUAUCGCCGCCGUUUUUUGCUACCUCUGCUGUAGGGCUCGACCCGCCGCGAGUGACGACGAUGACAAUGACGGCGUCGCGCUGUUAGCUCCGUCACUGCAGCGCCGCAAAAAACUGACUGACAAAAAGUCUGACUGAUGAGCAAAAUCCGGAGGACCUUCAACUACAACCGAUCCACACUUAGAUCCAGAAACAUGACUGGAGAGCCACACGCUGUUUGGUGUUUGUUAUUGUCGCUGUAGUUGGACAGUGAUGUUUGUGGAUUGGCGUAUUAUUGACUGUUGAUUGGUGCUGCUGAGGUGAAAUACAU